UUCGCCACUCCAAAAAAUCCAGAGAACAUUGUCAAAAAAAGAAAAAUCCGGGCACGAAGCCGCUUCUAUCCUUUUCCAGGAAAUGGAGCUCGUCGUUAACUCCGCUCUCCACCUCCUCCCCUCUCGCUCUCGCCCUUCGCUUCUCUCCUCUUCUUUUACCGAGUCGCCGUCGUCCAAGCAUCUGUUGCCCGCAUCCUCUCCCAAGCUCGCCUCUUCCCGCCAUUCCUUCCCGCGCGUCUCCUCCUCUCCCUCGCAAAAUUCGAGGCUGUUCGUUGUCUCCGCCAGCGCCCUCGAAGUCCAGCACGCGGAAAGGGAUCGGUUUCCGGCCGACGUCCGGGUCACGGAGACGAAAGAGCCCCGCUCCAGUGUUAGAUUAAGUGUAGAAGUCCCUCCUGCUUUAUGCCAGGAAUGUUACAGAAAAGUAUUAGAUGAGUUUGCCAGACGGUCAAAGGUUCCUGGAUUUCGCCCGGGGAAGAAAAUCCCAGAAAGCAUACUUGUUAACUACAUUGGUAGACAAAAUAUACAGCAGGCUGCUAUUGAAGCAAUUCUAAAGAAAACUCUUCCACAAACCAUGUCUUCGGUAGAGGGAAGGGCCUUAAAGGAUUCUGUUCGCAUUGGAACUAAGUUCUCAGAGAUGUAUGACACUUUCUCUCUCCAAGAUGUUCUAAGAUAUGAUGUUCUGGUCGAUGUGGCUCCUGAGAUCAAAUGGUUAUCGGAGAAUAAGUACAAGCAUAUGAAGAUUAUUGUUGAGAUAGACGAUAUCAUUAAUGCUCAAAAUGCUGCUGAAAUAGAGCUAAGACGCCGUCACAAGACUCUAGGAUCACUGAGAAUUGUUACUGAUGGAGGGUUGCAGAUUGGCGAUCUUGUUGUCCUUGAUAUCUUUGCAACAACUCUAAAAGGGGAUGAAUCUAAAGGUGAAACAAUUCCAUCUGCUGUGAGAAAAGGUUUUCACUUGGACACAGAAGAAAGUGAUAACCUUCUUCCUGGAUUUCUUGGUUCGAUAAUUGGAAUUCGACAAGGUGAAACAAGGUCGUUUCCACUUCAGUUUCCUGAAUCUUGGGGACAAGAAAACCUUCGAGGUGUUAAUGCUCAAUUUACUGUUGAAUGUAAAGAACUCUUCCACAGAAAUUUACCAGAACUGGAUGACUCUCUUUCUGAAAAGCUUCUUCCAGGAUGCACUACCUUAAGUCAGGUUCGAGAAAAAAUAUUUCAGAGAUGUAGAGAAAUGGAACAAACUGCCAUAGAUCAAGCAACAGAUAAUGCAAUAUUAGACCAAUUGACUAAGAUCGUUGAAGUUGAUAUUCCGCAGUCCUUGUUUGAGGAACAGGGCAGACAGCUAUAUGGAGCCAAACUUUUGCAGCUACAGGCAGGGAAGAAACUAAAUGAACUCCAACUAGCAUCUCUUUCAAGUGAAAAGGCAGUAAAUGAAUACCUUGAAAAUGAGAGGGAGAGUAUUACCAACAUAAUAAAACAGAUGUUAGCUGUUGGUGAGAUUUUCAAGGCUGAAAAUUUGCAGUACUCGACGGAGGAGCUUGUUAAAGAGGUUGAGAACUCUGUGGCGGAGUUCAAACGCCAUAACCAAGAAUACGAUGAAGAGCGUGUUAGAGAGCAGGUUCAAGACGUUCUAGAGGGAGCAAAGGUGCUGGAAUGGUUGAGAGAGAAUGCUGACAUCCAAUAUGUAAACAGGCUAGAGUCUUAGCAGAGUCAUCAACCAUAAAUCUGAUUCUUGUCAAGGCAUUUGAAAUUUUGUGAACUUUUCCUUCAAUGCAAAUAAAUGGUUUUUAAGCUGUUUGGAUCCACAUAAA